GGGAAAUGCUUUUCGCAAAAUCAAACGGGGCGCCUGAGGAGCGAUUGGCUCGUGUUGGAGAAGCCGCGCAAAGCAGACGGUGCACAGUGGCCGUUUAACGGCAUUCUCUCACCGCAGCCACUCGUUUCCUCGCCGCUCUUACCAUUUUCUCGUCGCCCUGAUUGAUUGCCAUAACUGGCCUCUAACAUUUUGAUUAUGGUUUCGUUUCCGUGUUCGGCUUCACCGGAUAGGCCCAGAAUGUAGGCCUACAGUGCGUCUCAUGUGUGCAGCUUAAAUUUUCUCGGGCAUCCGACUGUUACACUUUCGUGGAGGAUAGUGUUUUUUUUUGUCAUCGCCCGUACAGUGGUGGCUGUUGUGUUAGUUUAUCUAGUGAGGCAAACAAUCCAUUUUAGGAGUAAGUACAUCUGUGACAAUGGAUGAACUUAAGAGGAAGUUGAACCUAAUAACCCAUCCAAGUAAACUAGUUAUGAACGACUCGAAAACAGAUGGCCCAAUGGUUCAGAUCUUAUUUAUGAAUAACAAUAUUUCAAAGCAGUUCCAUCAAGAAAUUGAAGACUUCAUCACAGGUUUGGUAGAAAAGUAUGAAAAAGAAAUAAAAAGUGAUCCUGAAAAAACAUCAUUUAAUGUGAAGCCACAGCCAUCAAGUAUCCUGUUAGAAGAGCAACUGAAGGUACAAAGUUUAAAUACAGGAAAAAAAAUAAAAGACGCAUUUCAUGUUGUGGGAAGUGUCCAGUACUUCACCAGCUUUUGCCUUGACAAACUUGGGCAGCCGUUGUUAAAUGAGAAUCCACAGCUGACAAAUGGAUGGGAAGUACCCAAAUAUCAGCAAGUUUUUGCUCAAGUUGUAUCCUUGGAGGGACAGGAAGUGGAAAUGAAAGCUAAGAGGCCAAAACCUUGUUGUUUCAACUGUGGUUCAACAGAACAUCAGUUAAAAGAUUGUCCAAAGCCACGUGAUCUUGCUCGUAUUAGUGAGAAAAGAAAAGAGUUCAAUGCAAUGGCCAGUGAUUCACCUCAUUCAGGAUCUCAACAGCGGUAUCACGCAGAGAGGUUUGAAAAGUUCAAACCAGGUAUUAUCAGUGCAGAACUCAGAGAAGCUCUUGGCAUGUCAGAUGAAACACUUCCACCAUUUAUCUAUCGGAUGCGUCAGUUGGGUUAUCCGCCAGGAUGGCUGCUAGAGACUCAGCAAGAGAAUUCGGGUCUUGCUUUAUAUGAUGGAAAAGAUACAAGCGAUGGUGAAAUGGAACAUGACAAACAACAUCCAAAAGCUCACUUUCCUUCCUAUGACACAAGUAAACUAAUAGAUUAUGCAGGUUUCAACGCUAUCAUUCCAAAAGGGAUCCAAGAUGAAUGGAGACAAUACGGUUCAAUUCCAAUGCAAACUCAUCAUCUUAAGGAACAUUUUGCAUAUCAAUUGAAUGCUAAUUAUUUUGCAACUAAACACAGUUCAAACAAAAGAAGUUCAGAUGUAGACACAAACCUUGAUAGUAUAAAGAAGCGCAAGUCUGAAAAAAUAGAUACCUAUGCUUAUGACAUGGAUAUUGAUUCAGAUUCAGAACCUCCAAAGCCAUUAUGUCAUAUUCCACCCAUGCCUCCCGAAUCCCCAAUUAAUUUAUCAUCUCCUCCCCAACCCAAAGGAACACCCCCUUCUACACCACCCACAUUUGUCCCGCCUGUACCACCUACUCCAACCCGUCCCCCGCUUCCAAAGGACACCCCUCCGUCUACUCCUUCGACUUGUUCUCCAGCGGGACAUUCACUACAAGAUGGAAAUACUCAGUCAGUAACUCCCCAGAUUAUAGACAAAACUUUGGAUGAAGAUAUCUUGUCAUUGGAAGAGCUGGAGGAACAGCAGCGGUUGAUCUGGGCUGCACUGGCACAGACUGAAGGUACUGUUAGUGAGACAGAAGGUCCUUGUGAUUCUCCUUUAACGAAAAGUUCUACCAGUUCCUCACCAGCAAUAGUUCAACCAGACAUCUGCAUGGAAAUUGAGUCGAGUGAUAAAAUGGGCUCAGUUGAAAAUAACUUUGGGAGUCCAGUUGCUGAAGCAUCUUCCAUUGAUUUAAGAGAAGAAAAAAUCAAUUCAUUUAAAGACACUCAGCACAGGGAAGAAAGCAUUCAGCCUGAGAACUCUGGAAUAGAAACAGAGAGCAGUAGAGUCAUUCAGGAUUCUACCCCUACUUCUGUAGAAUCUCUCAGAAGAAAUGGAGUAUGUUUAGAGAAAACAGAUCAGGCCAGCACCAGUGCUAAUGUGCCAGAAGUGCAGGGGAAUAGAAUUUCUGCAGUGCCUGACAUGAGUAAAUUUGCUACUGGAAUUACUCCCUUUGAAUAUGACAAUCUUUCCGAAGCAACCGGAACUUACCUCAAACUCAGGAACUUGUUGAAGAAUACUCCAAGAAACAAAAUGAAAAAGAAAUAAAUAUUUUAGAGUACGGAAACUUUCAGAUCCAAGGCUUCCUUGUCAUGAUGUCACCAUUUACUGUGAUGGAACUUUGUUUUUCCACACAGACCUCACUUCAACAUUUUGCAGCAGAGCAGAUGUUUUAGUGAACAUGUCGAAAUGUGGAUGUCACUGCUCUUUUUAUAUUUAAGGCUGGCAGAGUGAAAACAUGUCUGGUUUUGAAGAAAGAUUUUUAUGUGUAAUACUCAUUUUCAAAGAAGCACUAUUGAAAUUUGUCCUUUAGGCAUGGUCUCAGAAUUUCUCUUAUGUGGAAUUAAGUGUACAGUGAAUUUUUCGUCAUUUCUUGUACAUCAUUUUUUGUUUAUAUAACAAUACGUUAUAUAAACAUUACCUAUGUAAUUUUAUAUAUUACUGCCAGGGAUUUUAGUGUACAGUAUUUUAAAUCCUAAUAAUUGAAUAUUGAAAUUGUCAGGGAUUACUAGGGCUCUUUUCAGGUAUUUUAUGAAUAUCUACAUAUGCUUUAGUUUUUUAAAGCUGCUUCAACCUUUGUAAUUCCAUUCUUUGCAAGGAGUACAUAGCCUUGGAUUACAGGAAUAUAAUGAACAAUUCUACGAUGAUGUUUUAGUAUUUUGUGACUGCAUUAAAUGGCAUUGAAAGUUGCAGGAAGUAUUGUGAUUGUGGCCACUCAUUUAUCAUUGUGGCAGAGGUUGUCUUUUGUGAAAAUCUGGUAAGCCACGUUUGGGAAAAAUUUGUGAAAUCCUGGGCACAAUAUUUGAAACCUGUGGAGUUUUUUGUUUAGUCAUGUAAUAAACACCACAUAAAUAGUAUUAAUUGCCAUUUUCCUACAUUUCAGAGAAAAGUAAAAUUACACAAUUUAGAGUUGAAAGUGUUUAGCAUUUGCUUGCUUAAGAGUAAUGGAAUGGAUAAUUCAGCAAGUGUCAGUGUUGGUGCCAAAACCAAAUGGUUGUACUCAAACUCUGUCCUUUUGCACUUUUAUUACUGACUUUGUAUUGUGUUGGACAGGACAAUCACAACAAGAUCUGGUCAAAUUUUCCUUUUGCGUUCAAUGUUUUCAUUUUCAUAAGUUAAAAUGUAUAAUACAUAGCAAAACUUUAAGAUUUUUAAAUCAGAGCUGGACUUUUUGAGCUACAGUAUGUAAAUAGGGCAUACCUUUCAGCAGAUUGUACAUUUUCCAUGACAUACAAUGAUUGCUCUCCAGGGUCCACACUUUUUUUUGCAGUACAAUAUAUUGGACCAAAAGUAUCUCUUUUCAAAAGUUCUCACAGAAGGAAAAAAAUGAAUUGGGGUGAUGGGGGAAAGGAAUGCGAGGAAUACUGCUUAUUACGGUCUAUGUAUUGGAAGAAAGACAUCAGUAACACUGUCUAAGUUAUCCUCUUCCUUACUCCAAAUGAUGUAAUGUACUGUAUUGUGUUUACAUCAGUUAAUUUUAAUUUUCUCAUUCAACGAAAAAGGAAAUUGAAUACAGAUCAGGCCCAAACUCUAAUAUAGUACACUCCUGAUUUCCUGAUAUAGUUGUGUGAUACUGGGGCUUUGGAAAGCAUGCUGGAGAUGUCAAUAUAUUAUUUCUAAGCAUAAAAUUUAGUUAUUGUGAUGGAUAAGAAGAACUUGUACUUUGUACUUCAGCUUAUUCUUUAACAGAAUAUCUUAAACCAAGAAAGGAAAUUGCAUCAUUUUGUUUUGAUUCAACAGGAGGAAUGCAAGGUCACAACUUAGUAUUGUGCACAGUCAAGUGUGGAUUGAAUAACAGCUCUUUUCCAAGAGAUUUGUGGAUUUUCUGUGAAGUCUGCUGUCCUAGCUAUGCAUACUAAUAGAAUUUCUUUAAGCAAGUAUUGCAUCUAAUCCUGGUUGUCAGAAUUGCCUCUUAUAAAAUUUAAAGCUUAAAGAAAUUGGAGGAUUGAAGAGGAAUUCUCUAGACACUUCCACCCUAAAAUAGUCCGGGUUGAUUUUUUUUUCGUGCCUUUCCUCUGAUCACAUCACUGACUUCCACAGAUUAAACCACAAUAGGACAUCUUGUGAGAUUGGUCAAUACAGAAUGAGGCAAAGACCUGUGUGAAAUUUCAAUAAUUGAUCACAAACAGUAAACCACCCGCCCUCCUCUGUGGAGUAAAAGUGGAGGUGGGGGGGGCACUCAUUUCUGAUUCAGGGUCCUGGCAAUCUAACCAAAAAUCAAUGUGUUAAGGUUUUUACAAGCUAUUCAAAAAUACUCCUGAAUCUUGCGCCUGAAAUUUGUCACAAGUUUAAUUUGUUUUAUUAUAUCGAUUGACCAGUACAUGAAAAACAUCACAUAUGACAUACAGUAGACACAUUUUCAGUCUUCCUUCUGUCUGGCUACUAAGAAUAUUCUUCAAUCAUUAUUAAUGCUGAAACCAUUACAGAUUCAUUCAGAAGAUUAACCUUUCACUGAAGCAUGUAAAUAGAUUCUCUACCGGUGACAAUGAAAUUAGAGUCCCUCAAAAUGCUAACAUUUUACUGUUUAAAAAUAAAUAAAUAAAUAAAUUUUCAUUGGUUUCUGGAAAUGUAUUCGACCAUCAGCCAUCCAUUGUGUCUCCAUACAAACUGGUUUAAAUAAAGUCAUUGUCUCAAUAGUGAUUUGUGCUUAAGAA